AUGGGGAGAGGGAAGAUCGCAAUUCAAAGGAUCGAUAAUUCAACGAGCAGGCAAGUUACUUUUUCGAAGCGGAGGAAAGGGUUGAUCAAAAAGGCAAAGGAGCUUGCAAUCCUGUGUGAUGCUGAAGUUGGCCUUGUAAUCUUCUCAAGCACUGGGAAACUAUAUGAGUUUGCAAGCACCAGCAUCAAAGCAGUAACUGAGAGAUAUAACAAGUCAAAAGAGGAACAUCAGCACCUGCAGAAUCCAGCACUAGAAGUCAAGUUUUGGCAAAGGGAGGUGGCAAUCCUAAGGCAACAAUUAGAGAACUUGCAAGAAAACCACCGGCAUUUGAUGGGGGAACAACUUUAUGCUCUGGGUGUCAAAGACUUGCAGAAUCUGGAGAAUCAACUAGAAUUGAGUAGGCAGGGUGUACGAAUGAAAAAGGAACAAAUCUUAACCGAUGAAAUACAAGAACUAACUCGAAAGGGCAAUCUUAUCCAUCAGGAAAAUAUGGAACUGUACAAGAAGGUAAACCUUAUACGACAAGAAAACAUGGAAUUAUACAACAAGGUUCACAGCACAAGACACGUGAAUGCAGGAAGCCUAAGUUCAUUCACUCCAUAUGGAACAAAAACCAGAGAGCACUUGGAUAUCCCCAUCCAUCUUCAGCUAUGCCAGCCCGAGAGACAAACUUAUGAGCCACCACCAAGGGAAACAGAGUAA